GAAUUUAAAAAACAGAACAAUUUUUAAAAGGUUUAAAAUUCAAAUAAAAUAAUUUACCUCAUUGAUAUUUUUAUGCAAUGUCCGGAAUGAGUUGGUUAGGAUGUAGAGUUGAUGUGGAUUGUGGAGAAAUUGGAGUUUUUGCGGGUAAAGUCACGGAGAUCGAUGACCAAAUUGAUUGUGUGAAACUUAAGAAUGCAUCUCUUGAUGGUAAGAGCUUACCGUGUGGUGAUGUGACAUUGAGGAUGUCUGAAAUAAAAUGUUUGAAAAUAAUCUCUCUGGAGGAGACUGAUUUGGAGCAGAAUGAUGGAAAGCAACUGCAGUUUGAGCUAGAAACUGUAAUGGAGCAGCCUAUGUCUCCAAAGAAAACUUAUUCAGCGUCAAAGAAAUUUAACACCCCAGAGCAAAAAAGAAAUAGUGGUAAUGAAAACAGGAGAUCAAGUUUUAAAAAGAAAAAUAAGGAAUGUUUUGGAACACCUCUGGAUGACAUCAAAGUACCUGAUUUCGAUUUUGAAAAAAAUCUGAAGUUGUUUGAUAAAGAAGCUAUUUUUGAGGAAUUAAGGGGAAGCAAAACAACGCCCCUAGUGAAGAAACCUCAAGGAAAAGAGAGAAAAUUGAGACAUGAUGAAAAUGUCUUGGAACAAGAACAAGAACCUGUUAAUUUAAGGCAAAUUGUUGCGCCGUUAGAGCAUACAGGACGAGAGUACCACACGGAUGAAGGCGUUAUAGUGCCUUGUAUAUCAGUACAAUUGAGAAAUAAACUCUUUAAAGUAUCAGAAAACAUGGGAUUUAGUGAGGCACAGAGGGUUGAGAACGCAGGCCUGUGCGCAUGUCAGAUGGCCCUCCAACUAGUGGGUGGCAGUAACCGUCUCACUCAACGUAACGCUCAUCAAACACCACAUGUCGUGAUCUUGGCUGGACCAAACGCUGUCGGUAUUCAAGCAAUUUGUGCUGCCAGGCAUCUGGCCAAUCAUAAGGUUCAAGUGACUUUGACAGUGCCAGUGAAAACAGAAAAUCUAGUCCAGCAUCUUGCACUGUUUUUCCAUACUGGUUCCAAACUUAUUUCAAACGUUGCAGAUCUUCCCAAAGAGCCGGUGGACCUUGUAAUCCACGCGCUGUUUUCGCCAGAGGAUGAAUCAAGUAAUAAAAUAUCACAAGAGCUUACGUCAGUCAAUCAAUGGGCCAAUGAGAAUAAAGCACCAGUUUUGUUACUAGACCCCUGCUCUCGCUCUCGGAUGCUGGGAGUAGAAUCAAAGUGGUCAUUGUCAUUUGGUUUACCGCUGAUCGAUGUCCCAACUGAGUGUCGGACGUACCUGGCCGAUCUGGGCAUGCCAAAAGGAAUAUACACCGCUGUUAAUAUUAACUACACCUCGCCAUUCGGAGAGAAGUUUGUAAUUGCAUUGAAUCAGUAGUGACAAGGGGAAGGAAGUGAAAGUCUUAUCCGAUUUUAACAACAAGACAAAUGAGAUUGGGUCCCGUUUUUGAAAAGGUGACGAAGAUUUUGAGAUGGAAAAGAUGCCUGUCACAUGUACAGGAAGGUCUUGAGCUAAGUUUUUUUUAUCACUUUUGCAUUACUUUUGCUGAAAAUUGUACUCCGGUUCAAUAAUAUAUGUCUUAUUCGACAUAUAAACUAACAAAAAAUUCUUAACAACGGAAUUAAAAAAUGGUCAAAAUUUAUUUGCGAUGAUCUUUGUAAUAAUCAUAAAUAAUGUGUCUAGUCAUCCUAAAUAC